CUGUCAUGUGAUCAGCUGUGUCCAAUCACAGCUGAUCACAUGGGACAUGUACACUGAUCAUCAGGGCACUGAUGAUCAGUGUGCCCUGAUGAUCAGUGUGGCCCCAGAAGUGCCACCUGUCAGUGUCCAUCAGUGCCAGCAGUCAGUGCUCAUCAGUGCCAUGUGCCAGUGCCCAUCAGUGCCACAUCAAUGCCACAUAUCAGUGCAUACCAGUGCUCAUCAAUGCCACAUAUCAGUGCCCAUCUGAGGUGCCUUUCAAUGUCACAAAUCAGUGCCAAUCAGUGCCACCUAUCAAUGCCAAUCAGUUCCACCUAUCAGUGCACAUCAGUG